CUAGUGGGGAAGAAGGGUUUUAUUGUGUUCUGUGUUUCCAUAGUAGUAGUAAUCAUCAACUCUUGUUUGAGGUCACUAUGGAAUUUGAUGAUCAUGAGCGUGGCCCUGUGUGUGUUACUGGGGCAGCUGGUUUUGUUGGAUCUUGGCUUGUCAUGAAGCUUCUCCAACUGGGCUACGUUGUUAAUGCUACAGUGCGAGAUCCUGACAAUUUGAAGAAGGUGAAGCAUUUGCUAGAUCUGCCCCACGCUGAGACACGCUUGAAGUUAUGGAAAGCAGACCUUGUCGAUGAGGGGAGCUUCGAUGGACCCAUCCAAGGUUGCACCGGAGUCUUCCAUGUUGCCACUCCCAUGGAUUUCGAAUCCAAAGACCCCGAGAAUGAGGUGAUAAAGCCGGCAGUGGAUGGGAUGCUGAACAUCAUGAGGUCAUGUCUCAAGGCAAAGACUGUUCGAAGGGUUGUAUUCACUUCAUCUGCUGGUACUGUUAAUGUACAAGAACGGCAGAUGCCCAAAUAUGAUGAGAACUCAUGGAGUGACUUGGAAUUUGUAAGGGCAAAGAAGAUGACCGGAUGGAUGUACUUUGUCUCAAAGACAUUGUCAGAAAAAGCAGCAUGGGAAUUUGCAGAGAAGAACAACAUGGACUUGAUCACCAUUAUACCAACUCUUGUGGUUGGGCCAUUUAUCAUGCCUUCGAUGCCUCCUAGCUUGAUCACAGCACUUGCACCAAUCACUGGAAAUGAAGUUCAUUACUCAAUUCUAAAGCAAAUCCAAUUUGUGCAUUUGGAUGAUCUUUGCAAUGCUCAUAUCUUCUUGUUUGAGAACCUUGAAGCUAAGGGAAGAUACAUUUGCUCCUCUCAUAAUGCUACCAUCAUUAGUCUCGCCAAAAUGUUGAGAGAGAAAUUUCCAGAAUACAAUGUCCCAACUGAGUUCAAAUUCGAAGGAGAAAGCUUGGCAGUGGUUGCUUUUUCGUCUAAAAAGCUUACAGAGCUUGGAUUUGAAUUCAAGUACAACUUAGAAGACAUGUACGUGGGAGCCAUUGAAUCUGCUAAGGAGAAGGGAUUACUUCCCCUUUCUAUUCCAACCCAACUCAAUGGCAAGAGCUGCAAAGCUAAAUCGAAAUCUGAGGAAACUGUAAAAAACACUAAUGGCAUCAAAGAGGAAUUAAAAGGAGGGGGCGCUCAGAUUGGGAAUUAGGGAGAUCAUCUCAUGUCAAAAAAUCUCUUCAAUUUUCUGAUGUAUUUUAUGAUAGUUAUGAAUGUUCAUGUAAGUGAUUUGGCUUGGGGGGCUUGUUUUCUUGUUUUGUUCCCUAAUGGCUAUUAUGGCCAAGUGCAUGUAAUAUUGGUAUAUUAACUCAUCUUCUUCUUUACAAAAAAAAAAAAAAGGGUCUUCCUUUUCUUUUCAA